GCGCGCUGAUGACGCACAUCAGGACCCGGAUGCAAGGAGCUUACGGAGGAUUUGUUUCUUCUGCGUGUUUCGGUUCUGUUCGGGGCAAAGUGACACACAGGCCGCGGCAGAACCCUCAGACCCUCCGUGAGAAAGAGCAGAGCGGGACAGAAAAGUCCUGAGGCCGGGGAGGCGCACCUUUAGCUCCGGAGCGAAUAGCCGCGUAAGCUCCGUUAGCCCCGUUCGCCUGGUUAGCACUAGCCUCGGCCACCGCAGUAGCAGCAGCCCUACAUUGGCCUCACAGAGGCCUCACAGCAGACUCACAGGAGCAUGGAUCCCGGCGGAGGAGCCUCGGGGCCGGGACACGUCCUUAGUAAUGUCCCGGCCUUCCUCACGAAGCUCUGGACCCUGGUUGAGGACCCCCAGACGGACUCGCUGAUACGCUGGAGCCCGAGUGGGACCAGUUUCCAUGUGUUUGAUCAGGGACGUUUUUCUAAAGAAGUUCUGCCAAAGUUUUUCAAACACAACAACAUGGCGUCCUUCAUCCGGCAACUUAACAUGUAUGGGUUCCGUAAAGUGGUCCAUCUAGAGCAGGGAGGUUUGGUGAAACCUGAACGAGAUGAUACAGAAUUCCAACAUCCGUUUUUCCUCCGAGGACAAGAACAUCUGCUGGAGAACAUCAAGAGGAAGGUCACUGCUGUGCCCUCAGUGCGUCAGGACGAUGUGAAAGCGGCUGAUGAAGUGAACAGAAUCCUGAGCGAUGUUCAAGUGAUGAAAGGAAAACAGGAAACUAUCGACUCCCGGAUCAGCGCCAUGAAACAGGAGAACGCUGCCCUAUGGAGGGAGGUGGCCAGUCUGCGACAGAAACACUCCCAGCAGCAAAAAGUUGUCAACAAGUUGAUCCAGUUCCUGAUUUCUCUGGUUCAGAACAACCGCAUCAUGGGCCUCAAGAGGAAAAUGCCUCUGAUGUUGAAUGAUGGGAGCUCUGGACACUCUCUGCCCAAAUACAGCCGCCCCUUCAGCCUGGAACACCUGCAGGCCAACCUCUUCCCUUCAGACUCUGUGAACUCUGGACCAAUCAUCUCAGACAUCACAGACGUGGCUACGCCCCCUUCGGAUGAUGUCAUCAGCGAAUGGAACGAGCCCAAUGAUCCAGUGCCUGGGGUCACAGAUCAAGAGUCAGAGGUCAAAGAGGAACCGCAGGUGGAGACGCCUCUGUCCCCCACAACCUUCAUCAACUCCAUCCUGCAAGAGGAGAGUCCCUCAGCCAAUCAGAGCCUCAGCCACAGCCCGCCGGCCAAUCACAGCACAGGGACGCAAGCACCACCAACCAGCCACAUUGCAGCCAAUCAGAGCACACGGUCAAAUGUGGUCCCUCCCAUCGUGGUGAUAGUCCCUCCCAAUGACCAAUCAGAGCCCAUCGUCCAAUCCCCCUCCAGCCAAUCAACAGCUACUGUCGCAGCAAACCCUGCCCCCUCAGCAUCACCACAGCAAAAAUGCCAAACCAUCGCCUGCAUUGACAGGUCGGAGCUCUUGGACCACGUGGACUCCAUAGACUCGGGUUUGGAGAAUCUUCAACACCUCCUGAACUCUCAGAGCUUCACCUUCGACACCGGGCCCAUGCUCGAGGUACGCCAUCUGCCUCAGUUUUUCAGCUCUCCGGCUGCAGACUUCGACCUGGACUGCCUUGACACGCUGCUGUCUGAGCCGAGAGAUGAGGGACUGAGCAGCGCCCCCACAGGUCAGAGGAAACAGCUGGUGCAGUACACGCCACUCUCGCUGCAGGAGCCAAUCACGUCACUGGAGGACGUUCUGGGGGAGGACCCUGACAACCUGCUGCCCUCUGACCUCUGACCCUAUCCCUUAUAACCCCCUGCAGUUUUCGUGGCGAUUGUGUUUUGUUAUUAUGCAUUUGUUUUUCUCAGUUUUAGUUUGUUUUGUUUUUUGGCGCUCAGAGCCGAGCUGAGCAGCUGUACUUUUAGUGUGAAGGACGCUUUAUUCUGGAAAAGCUAGGAAGUCAGUCAGCAAAGCAAAGAGGUUUUAAACUUUUUGUUUUUAAUUUAUUUAUACCAUUAUAUUUCUGAAACCAUAGAUGUCAUAAAUUUUCCAAAUGUUUCAUUAACUUAAAUAGAAUAAAACUGCUGUUUCAAUGUUACGGAAACUUCAAACUUCAUUUAGAGGUGUCUUGGACACUGCAGCAUGAGGGUUAGUCCUAGUUUAGUCCUCGUAUAGACCCAGGUUGGUCUUGGUUUAGUUUUCAGUUAGACCAGUUUUACACCCAGUUUAGGAUUGUAGACAGACUGUUACUGUGAGGCCUCUUGUUGGACUUAGUGACCAAUUAGGCCCGAGAGCAAUAAUUAGCUGCGAUUGGCCGGCUCUGAGCACCUGCAUGGUUUCAUGUUUUAAUCUUGCUGUAAAAUAUUAAAGGUAUUUUUGAAGAGUU